AUGGAUUCUGCACAGAAAAGAAAUCUCCCUAUUUCUGAAGGUGCUUUGAUUCCAUCAGCUGAUCCUGUUGUUCCAGAAAAGGCCAAUGAUAUUCAAGAAGUCCCAGGGGAAGCAUAUGUUACUCCUCCCGUUCAAACAUCAGUGUCUUCAUCAAAAACCCCUGAUGAUGGAUCCCAUAUUGCAAUUCCUUCUGUGAAUUCAACUGCUCAAAGUGGAACUCCUGUUGUUACUCCUCCCGUCCCACAACUUGCUGCACAAAGGUAUAUUGUGGACAUCAAUGGGUUGGUGCCAACCAAAACCAUACAUUUCAACAUUGUCGUUCGUGUGAUGACUAUAUGGAAAAUGUAUGAUACUCAAAACAAGAAGGAUGUCAAAUCACUUGAAUUGUCUUUGAUUGAUGCUCAGGGUUCCAAGAUCCAGGCUACCAUACCUGCUCGAAUCAUGAAAGAUUUUGUUAAGUACUUUAAAGAUGAAGGACACAUAAUUGGCUACAGUGAUCCUAUUGUUGAAAAGGGUAAGAAGAGGAUUUCUGUGCAAUUGGAGGAUGAAAGAGCUAACACGUUAAAGGUUACUCUUUGGGAAGAACACGCUGACCGUGUUCUCAAUUGUAUGAAUAAUGAACCCGAAUAUCCUGUUGUUUUGAUUGUGCAGUAUGUCAAGUGUAAAAAGUACUAUUCAAAAGUUUCAGCUACAACCAACCUCUUUAAUGGCAGGAUAUACCUCAAUGAUAUGAACAUUGCUGACAUAUACGAGUACAAACACAGGAUGGAGCAAGAAGAGAUAAAAAGUGCAAGAAUCCAGAAGAUCUCCCUGCUGUCUUCAAUUUCAGGUUACACAACGUUUGAAGACUUUCUCCGUGAUGUAGAGAUGCUAACUUUGUCUGGAAUUAGCGAAUUGGAUCAGGCCUGCAACGUUGUGGUAUUUGCUAAGAUAAGUGGAUUAGCAAAGGAAAAUGAAUGGUCAUACACAGGUUGCAGCCUCUGUAACAGAAAGGUUUUUGAGAUAGAAGAUGCUGAGAAGAAUAAUGGAGGAAAUAAAAAGCUAUCAUUUGCAAAAAGCAGAAGGACAGAUAACGGAAAGGCAAUUUCAUGUCCAAAAAAAUGGAUGUGCAGCAGUCAUGGACCUGUUUCUGCUGUUGGGCCAAAAUUCAAACUGCAGGUAUAUGUUGUUGAUGGUUCAGGUAGCAGGAUUGCUACACUUUGGGACAGAAUGGUUUACAAUUUCAUAAACAAGAGUGCUGCCGAACUAAUUCAGGAGGGGAACUUAGAUUACCCUGAUAUCCUAGAGGAGAUUGUGGGGAGAAAGUGUUUGUUCAGGCUGGAUGUGCCCAAUUACAAUAUUAGGAACAAUACAAGUGAGAUAUCUGUUGCAAGGAUUGCUACUGAUCAUGAUAUUAUAAAGAAGUACCUCGAAGCUGUUUCUGAUGAUCAGGACAUUGACCCAGAGCUAAGUGCAGAAUUCUAUCACUCUGUGACUCCAAAUCAGGACAACAAUGCUAAGACAGCUGUUUCGUGCACUGAUGAAACUGAUUUGGUGUUGCUUGGAGAUGACUCGGCCGAUAGUCCUCCUCCAAAAAAGUUUAAAAAUGCACAUGAAGGUUACACAACGUUCGAAGACUUUGUCCGUGAUGCAAAGAUGCUAACUUUUUCUGGAAUUAGCGAAACGAAUCAGCAAAGGAACAAUACAAGUGAGAUAUCUGUUGCAAGGAUUGAUAUUGAUCAAGAAAUUAUAAAGAAGUACCUCGAAGCUAUUUCUGAUGAUCAGGACAUUGACCCAGAGCUAAGUGCAGAAUUCUAUCACUCUGUGACUCCACAUCAGGACAGCAAUGCUAAGAUGCUUUAUAUGUUUGAAUACCUUUAA